AAUUAUCCCUUCAGAAACCUCAUCUCCUCUCUCUCUAGACUUGCAUCAUCAGGGGAGAGAGAUAGAUAGCUUUUCAACCCUAGCAUUUCCCGCCGCCACCACCACCACACCAUGUCUUCCGAUCAGCUUCAUCAACAAGCGCAACUCUCAAUGAUCCUCGGCUCCGAAACGGCGCCGUUCGAGACACUCAUCUCCCACCUCAUGUCCUCUUCCAACGAGCAACGCUCCUCCGCCGAAGCUCUCUUCAACCUCGCCAAGCAAACCAAUCCCGACACCUUAUCCUUGAAGCUCGCUCACCUCCUCCAGCUCUCUCCCCACCCCGAAGGCCGCGCCAUGGCCGCCGUCCUCCUCCGCAAGCUCCUCACGCGCGACGACGCUUACCUGUGGCCGCGCCUCUCCCUCCCUACUCAAUCCUCGCUAAAGUCGUCGAUGCUGUCUUGCAUCCAGCGCGAGGAGACGAAAUCGAUCUCCAAGAAGAUCUGCGAUACGGUCUCCGAGCUCGCCUCGGGGAUUUUAGCGGAGAACGGGUGGCCUGAGUUGAUUCCGUUUGUUUUCCAGUGUGUGUCCUCUGAUUCGUCUAAAUUGCAGGAAUCCGCGUUUUUAAUAUUGGCGCAGUUGUCGCAGUACGUUGGGGAGACGUUGACUCCUCACAUAAAGCAUCUACACGGAGUCUUCCUCCAGUGUUUGAGUAGUGAGUCCGUUAGCUCGGACGUUAAAAUCGCAGCUCUCAACGCCGUGAUCAGUUUCGUUCAGUGUUUAACUAACUCUAAUGAGCGUGAUAGGUUCCAAGACGUGUUGCCUGCGAUGAUCAGGACGUUGACUGAGUCUCUAAACAACGGGAACGAAGUAACGGCUCAGGAGGCGUUAGAGCUUUUGAUUGAAUUGGCUGGGACUGAGCCACGGUUCCUUAGACGGCAGCUUGUUGAUAUCGUUGGCUCCAUGCUUCAGAUCGCGGAGGCUGAGUCUCUCGAGGAGAGUACGCGGCAUCUCGCGGUUGAGUUUUUGGUGACUCUGGCUGAGGCGCGUGAGCGUGCUCCUGGGAUGGUUAGGAAGCUGCCUCAGUUUAUUGACAGGUUGUUUGCGGUUCUUAUGAAGAUGCUUGAGGAUAUUGAGGACGAUCCUGCUUGGUAUAGCGCUGAGACUGAGGAUGAGGAUGCUGGUGAGACGAGUAACUAUAGCAUGGGUCAAGAGUGUUUGGAUCGGUUAGCGAUUGCUUUGGGAGGGAAUACUAUUGUUCCUGUUGCGUAUCACCAGUUUUCUGCUUACUUGGUUGCGUCUGAGUGGCAGAAACACCACGCUUCUUUGAUUGCGCUUGCUCAGAUUGCUGAAGGUUGCUCAAAGGUGAUGAUAAAAAAUCUAGAGCAAGUGGUGUCCAUGGUUUUGAGCCAAUUUCAAAGUCCUCAUCCUCGGGUAAGGUGGGCAGCCAUAAAUGCGAUUGGACAAUUGUCUACAGAUUUGGGUCCAGAUUUGCAGAAUCAACAUCACCAAACAGUGCUCCCUGCACUUGCUGCUUCUAUGGAUGAUCUUCAGAAUCCACGAGUGCAGGCUCAUGCUGCUUCAGCAGUACUCAACUUCAGUGAAAAUUGUACACCUGAAGUAUUGGCACCUUAUUUAGACGGAAUAGUGAGCAAGUUACUUGUGCUACUACAAAAUGGUAAACAAAUGGUGCAAGAAGGAGCUUUAACAGCUCUUGCUUCCGUUGCUGAUUCAUCGCAGGAACAUUUCCAAAAGUACUAUGAUGUUGUCAUGCCAUAUCUCAAAACUAUUUUGAUGAACGCAACUGACAAAUCUAAGCGGAUGCUUCGUGCCAAAUCCAUGGAAUGCAUCAGUCUUGUUGGAAUGGCAGUUGGAAAGGACAAAUUUAGGGAUGAUGCUAGACAGGUCAUGGAAGUGCUUAUGUCAUUGCAAGGGACUGAAAUGGAGGCAGAUGAUCCAAUAACGAGCUAUAUGUUACAGGCAUGGGCUAGGCUUUGCAAGUGUCUAGGCCAAGAUUUCAUCCCAUACAUGGAAGUUGUGAUGCCUCCAUUGCUUCAGUCAGCUCAACUUAAACCAGAUGUGACAAUUACAUCUGCUGAUUCAGAAGAUGAAGCAGAGGAUUCGGAUGAUGAAAGCAUGGAGACCAUUAUCCUGGGAGACAAACGAAUAGGAAUCAAAACAAGUGUCCUAGAAGAAAAAGCCACAGCUUGUAACAUGCUUUGUUGCUAUGCUGAUGAGUUAAAAGAAGGUUUUUUUCCCUGGAUUGAUCAGGUUGCCCUUAUACUGGUUCCUUUGCUGAAAUUCUAUUUUCACGAAGAAGUUAGAAGAGCAGCUGUGUCAGCCAUGCCGGAACUAAUGCGCUCAGCCAAGCUGGCGAUAGAGAAAGGAAAAGCUCAAGGGCGCGAUCUAUCCUAUUUACAGCAGCUUUCUAACUACAUAAUUCCAGCCAUACUAGAAGCGUUGCAUAAAGAACCUGAUACAGAGAUCUGUGUGAGUAUGUUGGAAGCUAUCAAUGAAUGCUUGCAGAUCUCCGGAAAUUUAUUGGACGAAGGAAAAAUUAGAUCCAUUGUUGAUGAGGUAAAGCAAGUUAUGACAGCAAGCUCUAGUAGGAAGCGAGAGAGAGGAGAGAGGGCUAAUGCUGAAGACUUUGACGCUGAAGAGGGGGAGCUUAUUAAAGAGGAAAAUGAGCAAGAGGAAGAAAUUUUUGAUCAGGUCGGCGAAAUAUUGGGAACACUAGUUAAGACAUUCAAGGCCUCGUUUUUACCUUUCUUCGAUGAGUUAUCCUCUUACUUAACUCCUAUGUGGGGAAGGGAUAAAACAGCCGAAGAGAGAAGGAUUGCAAUAUGCAUUUUUGAUGAUGUUGCAGAGCAAUGCCGUGAUGCUGCCUUUAAAUAUUAUGAUACUUAUCUUCCAUUCGUACUGGAAGCUUGCAAUGACGAGAGCCCAGAAGUUCGACAGGCUGCCGUUUAUGGGCUUGGUGUUUGUGCUGAGUUUGGAGGAUCUGUAUUCAAGCCUCUUGUUGGAGAGGCUCUGUCAAGAUUAAAUGUUGUGAUACAGCAGCCAAAUGCUCGGCAAUCUGAAAAUGCCAUGGCAUAUGAUAAUGCUGUAUCCGCUGUGGGAAAGAUCUGCCUAUUUCACCGAGACAGUAUCGAUUCUUCUCAGGUCCUUCCUGCUUGGUUGAACUGUUUGCCUAUAAGUAAUGAUGUCAUUGAAGCCAAAGUGGUUCAUGAUCAGCUAUGUUCAAUGGUUGAGAGGCAAGAUGUGGACCUUUUAGGCCCCAAUAACCAGUAUCUUCCUAAAAUCAUAACAGUUUUCGCUGAGGUGCUCACAGGGAAAGACGUGGUGACACAAGAGACGGCAGGUCGUAUGGUUAAUAUACUAAGGCAACUACAGCAAACACUGCCACCAUCGGCAUUGGGCUCCAUAUGGUCAACACUGAAACCCGAGCAGCAGCACGCUCUCCAAUCCAUGCUUUCCUCCUAA